UUUCAUUGAAGGUGGAGAAGUGCGCGCCCGCGGGGGAGCCCGGGCUGCGCCGCCAGGGCGAGGCUACACGGUGGCCGGCAGGGACGCGCGGGCAUUCGGACGGCGUUGGAUUUUCACUUCAUUUUCCUUUUUAAUUGAGACGGUGAGGGAGGGAGUUGGCGCCUCACCCGCUCGUUUUGCGCUUUCCUCUUGACUUCUGCCCACGCCCGCACGAUUCCUUCUAGUAAGGAAGGACGCGAAGUGGCCCCAGCAAACCUCCCCGCGUUUCGCGGCUGCUGUCUGGGAUGCUUCCGAGUGUCUGGCCGCUGGCUCCCGGGUCUCUCGGUCCCGAAGCUGGGGGUCUCAGAAGCUAAGCUGCACCGCCGCUUCGGAUCGGCCGCGGCAUCUUGCGGGCCAGCGCGCAGCUCAGGAGCCCAGGAGGGCGGCCCGCCUGCCGCUGUCUGCGGGGACCGACGGUCCGGGGAGGGCAGCCACAACUGGUGGGCUUCCAAGGGGACUCCGCGUGAAAACGCUCCAGAAAUCCCUGAGCGACGCCCCAAGAGCCAGGCGAGAAGACGGCACACCUUUCUUGCCCUCAAUCCUCUGCGCAGCGCCCCUGAGACCCUCCCAAAGUGCCCUCCUCUGCGCCUCGACCCAGCUACCCGCUGAGGGCGCCGCGGAAUCCCGGAGUCUACACUUCAUGGGCCUAACUCGGGGGAUCAGGAGCCUGGCGAGGGGGGCGCGGCGACCCUGGUGAGGGUGGGCCAAAGCCUGGUGAGAACGUCCUCGAGGCGGACGGCACCGCGGCGGCCCUGGCCCAGGCAAUGCUUGGGUGGCUGCGAGCUGACGGCGGGAGGCCCUAGGCGGGCAUGGCGCGAGCCCCCCAGCCUUAGCAGACGUCGAACCCUGCCCCUUCCGCUCCAAUUCGCCGGUGGACGCGAUGGCUUCCGAAGUGGUGUGCGGGCUCGUGUUCAGGCUGCUGCUCCCCAUCUGCCUGGCAGUAGCAUGUGCAUUCAGAUAUAAUGGACUCUCCUUUGUCUACCUCAUCUACCUCUUGCUCAUUCCUCUGUUCUCAGAACCAACAAAAGUGACGAUGCAAGGACAUACGGGACGCUUACUAAAGUCUCUGUGCUUCACCAGUCUCUCCUUCCUGUUCCUCCACAUCAUUUUUCACAUCACAUUGGCUAGCCUUGAAGCUCAGCACCGUAUCGCACCUGGCUACAACUGCUCAACAUGGGAAAAGACAUUUCGGCAGAUUGGCUUUGAAAGCUUAAAGGGAGCGGACGCUGGCAAUGGAAUCCGGGUGUUUGUACCUGAUAUCGGCAUGUUCAUUGCCAGUCUCACCAUCUGGCUCGUCUGUAGGAACAUUGUUCAGAAACCAGUGACAGAAGAAGCAGCACAAUAUAACCCAGAGUUUGAAAAUGAAGAAUUGGUUGAAGGAGAAAAGCUAGAUGCAGAAGAGGCACUGAUCUAUGAAGAGGAAUUAGAAGAAGGAGAUGGUGGUGAUGAGGAGCCGGAAGAAAGCGCAAAAUUAAAAAUGUUUCGCAGGUUUGCCUCUGUGGCUUCCAAGCUUAAAGAGUUUAUUGGCAACAUGAUAACCACCGCUGGGAAAGUUGUUGUGACCAUUUUACUGGGUUCGUCAGGUAUGAUGUUACCAUCAUUGACCUCAUUAGUAUAUUUCUUUGUAUUUUUGGGUCUGUGCACUUGGUGGUCCUGGUGCCGGACAUUUGAUCCAUUGAUCUUCAGCUGUCUCUGUGUUCUGCUCGCGAUUUUCACUGCGGGACACUUGAUUGGACUUUAUUUAUACCAGUUCCAAUUCUUUCAAGAAGCAGUUCCACCCAAUGACUACUAUGCUAGGUUGUUUGGUAUCAAAUCAGUAAUUCGAACAGACUGUUCCAGCACUUGGAAGAUCGUAGCAAACCCAGACCUGUCGUGGUAUCACCACGCCAACCCCAUCCUUCUUCUGGUGAUGUACUACACACUGGCCACACUGAUUCGCAUCUGGCUGCAGGAGCCCCUGGUACAGGAUGAGAGGACCAAGGAGGAGGAGCAAUCACUGGCCUGCAGCCCCAUCCAAAUCACAGCUGAAAGGAGGCGGAGCCUGUGGUAUGCAACCCAUUACCCAACAGACGAGAGAAAACUUUUAUCCAUGACCCAAGAUGACUACAAGCCAUCUGAUGGCCUGCUGGUGACUGUGAAUGGCAACCCUGUGGAUUACCACACCAUUCACCCCACUCUCCCCCUGGAAAAUGGGCCUGCCAAAGCGGACUUGUACUCCACUCCGCAGUACCGGUGGGAGCCCUCUGAUGAUGCCGAAGAAAAGAAAGAGGAAGAAGAGGAUGAGAAAGAUGAAUUUGAAGAGGACAGGAGCCUUGAUGAAAAAAAAAGUGUUAAAGUUAGCGCCAUGGUCUCUGUGUUCCAGUUUAUUAUGAAACAAAGUUACAUCUGUGCCCUGAUUGCUAUGAUGGCGUGGAGCAUCACCUAUCACAGCUGGCUGACAUUUGUGCUGUUGAUUUGGUCCUGUACCCUCUGGAUGAUUCGCAACAGAAGAAAAUAUGCAAUGAUCACCUCUCCUUUCAUGGUUGCCUAUGGAAAUCUAUUACUGGUACUACAGUACAUAUGGAGCUUUGAACUUCCUGAAAUUAAAAAGGUCCCGGGAUUUUUAGAAAAGAAAGAUCCAGGAGAACUUGCCUCAAAGAUACUUUUCACUGUAACUUUUUGGCUACUGCUGAGGCAGCAUCUCACAGAGCAGAAAGCUCUUCAAGAAAAGGAAGCUCUUUUAUCUGAGGUCAAAAUUGGAAGUCAGGAAAAUGAAGAGAAAGAUGAUGAGCAAGACACACAAGUAGAAGGAGAAGGUGAUGUGAAGGAAGAGGAAGAAGAAGAAGAAAAAGAAGAAGAAGGAGAAGCAGAGGAAGAGAAACAAGAGGGAAAGAAGGAAGAAGAGGAAGAGGAAGUGGAUGAAGAGGAUGACCAGGACAUCAUGAAAGUGCUGGGCAAUUUGGUGGUGGCCAUGUUCAUUAAGUACUGGAUCUAUGUCUGUGGGGGAAUGUUCUUCUUCGUCAGUUUCGAGGGUAAAAUUGUGAUGUACAAAAUCAUCUACAUGGUGCUGUUUCUGUUCUGUGUGGCCUUAUAUCAGGUGCACUAUGAAUGGUGGAGGCGAAUUCUAAAAUAUUUUUGGAUGUCAGUGGUUAUUUACACAAUGCUGGUGCUUAUUUUUAUAUACACAUAUCAGUUUGAAAACUUCCCAGGCUUAUGGCAAAAUAUGACCGGAUUGAAAAAAGAAAAGCUUGAGGAUCUUGGCUUGAAACAGUUUACGGUGGCUGAGCUAUUCACUCGCAUUUUCAUCCCCACUUCCUUCCUGCUGGUGUGUAUUUUGCACCUUCACUAUUUCCACGAUCGGUUCCUGGAACUCACAGACCUUAAAUCCAUUCCGGUAAAGGAAGACAGCGCCAUCUACAGCCACGCCAAAGUCAAUGGGCGCGUAUAUCUAAUAAUAAAUAGCAUCAAGAAAAAAUUACCAAUCCACCAAAAUGAACUGGCCCACCCUGAAGGAAGCCUCCCAGACCUCACCAUGAUCAACCUGAACAGCAGCCUGGAGAAGCUGGAGAUGAGAAGGCUGGCGUUGCCUGCGGAGGAGAAACCCGAGGGGUGCUCCUAUAAAACUGAGAAGGAUGAGCUUGAGAAAGACAGUGAGGAGGAGGAGGAAAAGGAGGAGGAGGAAGAGGAGGAGGAGGAAGGGGAGGAAGAUGAUGAUGAUGAGGAUGCAGAGGAGAUAGAGCAGGAAGAACCAUCAGAUUUAAGGAACAAAUGGCACCUGGUGAUUGACCGCCUCACUGUGCUCUUCUUAAAAUUCCUGGAGUAUUUUCACAAUCUGCAGGUGUUCAUGUGGUGGAUUUUAGAGUUACACAUCAUCAAAAUCGUUUCAUCAUACAUUAUCUGGGUUUCCAUGAAAGAGGUGUCCCUGUUCAACUAUGUAUUUUUGAUUUCUUGGGCUUUCGCUUUGCCAUAUGCCAAGCUACGCCGUCUGGCUUCCAGUGUCUGCACUGUCUGGACUUGUGUGAUCAUCGUCUGCAAAAUGUUGUACCAGCUGCAAACCAUUAAGCCUGAGAACUUUUCUGUUAAAUGUCGCUUGCCAAAUGAAAAUCAAACGAGUAUACCCCUCCAACAGUUGAACAAGUCUCUACUCUACAGUGCUCCUAUUGAUCCAGCGGAGUGGGUCGGCCUGAGGAAGUCAUCCCCUCUGCUAGUCUACCUGAGGAACAAUCUCUUGAUGCUGGCCAUUCUGGCCUUUGAGGUCACGAUUUACCGCCAUCAAGAGUACUAUAGAGGGCGAAACAGCCUCACAGCCCCUGUGUCAAAAACCAUCUUUCAUGACAUUACAAGACUCCAUCUAGAUGAUGGAAUUCUUAAUUGUGCCAAAUACUUCAUCAAUUACUUCUUCUACAAGUUUGGUCUGGAGACCUGUUUCCUCAUGUCCAUUAAUGUAAUUGGUCAGCGGAUGGACUUCUACGCCAUGAUCCACGCCUGCUGGCUAAUCGCUGUCUUGUAUCGACGCCGAAGAAAGGCCAUCGCAGAGGUUUGGCCCAAGUACUGCUGCUUCCUGGCAUGCAUCCUCACCUUCCAGUACUUUGUGUGCAUAGGUAUUCCUCCUGCCCCUUGCAAAGACUAUCCAUGGAGAUUCAAGAAUGCCAACUUCAACGACAACAUCAUCAAGUGGCUGUACUUCCCAGACUUCAUCGUGCGACCCAAUCCCGUGUUUCUCGUCUAUGACUUCUUGCUGCUUCUGUGUGCCUCCUUACAAAGGCAGAUUUUUGAGGAUGAAAACAAGGCUGCAGUGCGGAUCAUGGCCGGGGACAACGUGGAGAUUUGCAUGAACCUUGAUGCGGCUUCCUUCAGCCAACAUAACCCUGUGCCAGAUUUCAUUCACUGCAGAUCUUACUUAGACAUGUCCAAAGUGAUCAUCUUCAGCUACCUCUUCUGGUUCGUCCUCACCAUCAUCUUCAUCACUGGGACAACCAGAAUCAGCAUCUUCUGCAUGGGCUACUUGGUGGCCUGCUUCUAUUUCCUGCUCUUUGGGGGUGAUUUGCUGUUGAAACCCAUUAGGAGCAUCUUGCGCUACUGGGACUGGCUUAUUGCAUACAAUGUGUUUGUGAUCACUAUGAAAAACUUACUGUCAAUAGGAGCAUGUGGAUAUAUUGAACAAUUGGUUCAAAACAGCUGCUGGUUUAUCCAAGCUUUCAGCCUGGCCUGCACAGUCAGAGGUUAUAAGUUGCCUAUUACUGAUGGUUCAUGUAAACUACCUAGUGGUGAAGCAGGAAUUAUUUGGGACAGCAUAUGUUUCGCCUUCCUCCUGCUACAGAGAAGAGUUUUCAUGAGCUACUAUUUCCUACAUGUCGUGGCAGAUAUAAAAGCCUCACAGAUCCUGGCAUCAAGAGGGGCUGAACUUUUCCAGGCCACAAUUGUAAAGGCUGUAAAAGCAAGAAUUGAAGAAGAGAAAAAGUCAAUGGACCAACUGAAGAGGCAGAUGGACCGCAUCAAGGCCAGACAACAGAAAUACAAAAAGGGUAAGGAGAGGAUGCUAAGCUUGACCCAGGAGUCAGGGGAAGGCCAGGAUCCCCAAAAAGUCCCUGAAGAGGAAGAUGAAAGAGAAGCAGAAAAACAGAAAGCCAAGGGCAAAAAAAAGCAGUGGUGGCGGCCUUGGGUUGAUCAUGCUUCCAUGGUCAGGAGUGGAGAUUAUUAUUUGUUUGAAUCGGAUAGUGAAGAGGAGGAAGAGGAAGAAUUAAAAAAGGAAGAUGAGGAACCUCCCAGGAAGUCAGCUUUCCAGAGAGCUAUUGGGAAGUUUGCAUCAGCCAUUUUAGCCUUGCCAAAGUCUGUCAUUAAACUUCCCAAAACUAUUCUUCAGUAUUUAAUCAGAGCUGCAAAGUUUGUUUACCAAGCCUGGAUCACUGACCCCAAGACGGCCCUCCGACAGAGGCGCAGAGAGAAAAGAAGGUCUCAGAGAGGUGAACAGAAAGGAAAGAGGAAAGCUUCUGGGGAGGGUCCUGUGGACUGGGAAGACAAAGAGGAUGAACCCAUCAAAAAGAAAUCUGAUGGCCCAGAUAAUAUCAUCAAGAGGAUAUUUAAUAUUUUGAAAUUUACCUGGGUCCUGUUCCUGGCAACCGUGGACAGCUUCACAACCUGGCUGAACUCCAUUUCAAGGGAGCACAUUGAUAUAUCUACAGUUCUAAGAAUUGAAAGAUGCAUGCUGACCAGAGAAAUUAAAAAGGGCAAUGUUCCCACUCGGGAGAGCAUCCACAUGUACUAUCAGAACCACAUCAUGAACCUCUCCAGAGAGUCGGGACUGGACACAAUCGACGGCCAUGCUGGUGCCGGCUCCAGCGCACAGCCAGCCAACAGGAUGGACAGCCUCGAUUCACAUGACAGUAUCUCCAGCUGCUACACUGAAGCAACCACGCUGCUGUUCUCAAGGCAGUCUACCCUUGAUGAUUUAGAUGGACCAGAAACUGUUCCUAAAACAAGUGAGCGUGCACGACCUAGGCUCCGUAAAAUGUUCAGCAUGGAUAUGUCUUCCUCAUCAGCUGACAGUGGCAGUUUAGCAUCAAGUGAGCCCACGCAGUGCACCCUGUUGUACUCACGCCAGGGGACCACAGAAACCAUAGAGGAGGUGGAGACUGAGCAGGACGAGGAGACAGGAGCCGGACAGGACACUGAUGAAGGGGGUGAGGCUGAGGUGGUCUUGGGGCCCGAAGAGGCUGAGGAGGCUGAAGAAGAGGUCGCCCUCACCCCAGACACUGAGUUACUGCAAUACUCCACUGAGGAAGGUGAUGUUGAGGUGCCCCCUUCCUACAGCAAAGCAGUUAGCUUUGAGCGCCUAUCUUUUGGUUCUCCGGAUGGCUGCAUAGGCCAGAAUCACAUGACUGUCAGUCCUGAUGACAGCCGCUCAGACAGACUGGAGUCCAGCAUCCUACCACCCCUGACUCAUGAGCUGACGGCCAGUGAGCUACUGCUGAACAAGAUGUUCCAAGAUGAUGAGCUUGAAGAGUCAGAAAAAUUUUAUGUUGGCCAGCCCCGGUUCUUGUUGCUGUUCUAUGCCAUGUAUAAUACUCUGGUGGCCCGCUCAGAAAUGGUGUGCUAUUUUGUGAUUAUCCUCAACCACAUGGUCUCUGCCUCCAUGAUCACCCUUGUGCUUCCCAUUCUGAUCUUCCUCUGGGCCAUGCUUUCUGUCCCUCGGCCCAGCAGACGAUUCUGGAUGAUGGCCAUUAUCUACACAGAGGUAGCAAUUGUUGUCAAGUAUUUCUUCCAAUUUGGCUUCUUUCCCUGGAAUAAGAAUGUGGAGUUGUACAAAGAUAAACCUUACCACCCAGCUAAUAUCAUUGGAGUGGAAAAGAAAGAAGGUUAUGUUCUUUAUGAUCUCAUUCAACUCUUGGCACUCUUCUUUCAUCGAUCAAUCUUGAAGUGCCACGGUUUGUGGGAUGAAGACGACAUUGUCGACACCGGCACAGACAAAGAAGAGUCAGAUGAUGAGCUCUCGCUCAGUCACAGCAGAAGAGCUUCCUCUGAUUCUCUCAAGUCCAUCAACCUGGCAGCAUCAGCAGAGUCGGUGCACGUAUCUUUCCCUGAGAAACCCACAGCUGUGAGGAGGAAGCGCUCAGACAGCAGCUCCCCGAUCUCCCCCAGAUCCAGCUUUUCUUCAAAUAGGUCCAAAAGAGGCAGCACAAGCACCCGAAACAGCAGUCAAAAAGGAAGCAGUAUUUUGAGCAUCAAGCAAAAAACCAAAAGGCAACUUUACAUGGAAAAGUUUCAUGAACAUUUCAUUAAAGCCAAAGCGUUUACCUUAAAGAAGACAAUGCAAAUCUAUGUGCCCAUCAAGCAGUUCUUUUACGACCUCAUCCACCCAGACUACAGUGCUGUGACCGACGUGUAUGUGCUCAUGUUCCUGGCUGACACUGUUGACUUCAUCAUCAUCGUCUUUGGAUUUUGGGCUUUUGGGAAACACUCAGCUGCAGCAGACAUCACUUCCUCGCUGUCAGAGGACCAAGUCCCCGGGCCAUUCUUGGUGAUGGUUCUCAUUCAGUUUGGAACUAUGGUGGUGGACAGAGCCCUGUACCUCAGGAAGACUGUACUGGGGAAGGUCAUUUUCCAGGUCAUUCUAGUGUUUGGAAUUCACUUCUGGAUGUUCUUCAUCUUGCCUGGUGUGACUGAGAGGAAAUUCAGCCAGAAUCUGGUUGCUCAGCUGUGGUACUUUGUGAAAUGUCUUUACUUCGGGUUGUCUGCCUACCAAAUUCGUUGUGGCUACCCAACACGAGUCCUUGGAAAUUUUCUCACAAAGAGUUACAAUUAUGUCAACCUCUUUUUGUUUCAAGGGUUCCGCCUUGUCCCCUUUUUGACUGAGCUAAGGGCCGUGAUGGACUGGGUGUGGACAGACACGACUUUGAGCCUCUCCAGCUGGAUCUGUGUGGAGGACAUCUAUGCUCACAUAUUCAUCCUGAAGUGUUGGCGGGAGUCAGAAAAAAGAUACCCUCAGCCCCGGGGCCAGAAGAAGAAGAAAGUGGUCAAGUAUGGCAUGGGCGGCAUGAUCAUCGCCUUGCUCAUCUGCAUUGUCUGGUUUCCUCUUCUCUUCAUGUCUUUGAUCAAGUCUGUUGCAGGGGUGAUCAACCAGCCCCUUGACGUCUCUGUCACAAUUACCCUGGGAGGGUAUCAGCCUAUUUUCACAAUGAGUGCCCAGCAAAGCCAGUUGAAAGUUAUGGACCAGUCAAAGUUUAAUAAAUUUAUGAGAUCUUUUUCUAGGGACACAAAUGCUAUGCAAUUUCUGGAAAAUUAUGAAAAAGAAGACAUAACAGUAGCAGAACUGGAAGGAAAUUCAAAUUCUUUAUGGACCAUCAGCCCUCCCAGUAAGCAGAAAAUGAUGCAAGAACUUUUGGACCCCAAUAGUAGCUUCUCUGUUGUUUUUUCAUGGAGUAUUCAGAGAAACAUGAGUCUGGGUGCAAAGGCAGAAAUAGCAACAGACAAACUUUCUUUCAUUCUUACAAAUAACACAAGAGAAAAUAUAGCUAAAAUGAUAGCUGGCAAUGACACAGAAAGUUCAAAAAUGCCAGUGACUAUUGAACGAAUCUACCCGUAUUAUGUGAAAGCACCUAGUGAUUCUAACUCCAAACCUAUAAAGCAACUUUUGCCUGAAAAUAAUUUCAUGAAUAUCACCAUAAUUUUGUCCAGAGACAAUGCAACCAAGUCUAAUAGUGAGUGGUGGGUUCUCAACCUGACUGGAAAUAGAAUAUACAAUCAACAUUCUCAGGCUUUGGAAUUGAUAGUCUUCAAUGACAAAGUCAGCCCCCCCAGCCUGGGGUUCUUGGCUGGUUAUGGUAUUAUGGGAUUAUAUGCUUCAGUCGUCCUUGUGAUUGGGAAGUUUGUCCGUGAAUUCUUCAGUGGUAUUUCUCACUCCAUCAUGUUUGAAGAACUUCCAAAUGUGGAUCGCAUUUUGAAGCUGUGUACAGAUAUUUUUUUAGUUCGAGAGACAGGAGAAUUAGAACUAGAGGGGGACCUCUAUGCCAAAUUAAUAUUCCUGUACCGUUCACCAGAAACCAUGAUCAAAUGGACUAGAGAAAAAGACAAUUGAUACCUUAGGACACAGUCAAGUUAAAAAUUGAAUUUUUAGAGAAAAAAAGCACAAUAUCUCAAAAGAGCUAAGCAUUUCUACUCUGAUGGAAAUGGUUUCUCUUCUGACAGGAGGCCAAAGGAGCUGACUUCCUUUUGCAAUCAAAGCUACCUUGCAAAUUAAGGAGCUGUUGAAAAAUUAUUUAUAAUUCAAUUUCUCUAAAAUCAGGGCUACUUGCUUUAUGUUUUAGUCAACAGUGUCUUGCAUUCUGAUUGACUAUGUAAAUGAUUCAUUUAUGGAUCUCCUCCAGCAGAAAAACAGAAGAGAAGUGUGGAGGAAAGAUAGUGCUUUCCUGAGUGGGGGUGCACCCUGUCUCAGGAGAUGCUGUGAUGCCAAGGCAGCGCUUUCUCCUGUGGGGAAGCUGCUCUGAGGAGGACAGCUGAGCCCUCAGCAUACCCCAAAUAUGCAACAGCAGCAGGCGGUUGAGAACUCCUAAUCAUAUGUCUACAGGGGAAAAGAGAGAGGAAGCUGAUGACCCCGGAAGAAGCAGAUGGAUGGAUAAGCCUCAGUCUAAGCAAAAAGAUAACUUUAGUGACACUCUUACUGCCUUAUCUUAACAGAAGACUAAUAUGAAAUCUUUCCAUUAAACACCAGUGACUUCUCAGGAAAAAUUAAAAAGCAGCAAAAUAAAUAUAUGGACACCUGCUUUGUUGCGACCCAGCCAGCUACUCACUCCACGGUAAUGGCUGAUCCUCAGCUCCUUGUGAAACACAGACGUGAAGCAGUAGAAAGUUUAAAAAUGCCACCCAGGCAGAUGUGGAAGACUUUGACUUUGUAAUUCUUUAACUGGUCUCGGUCAUGGUACUCUUCCACCUUUUCCCACCCCUUCACAUGCUUUCCCCAUUUCGAUGAUUUAAGGCAAUGUUUUUUCCAGUAUGUGACAUUUCCCUUCCUGUUUUUCAGGUAUAUCAAGAGUUUACAUAUUCCAAUUCACAUUUUUACAUCUGAGACGGGUUUUUUAAGUUCAUAGUUAUGAAAGAAAUGUGUAUAUUGAGCUUGGGGAAAUAAAAAUGGUCUUUCUUAAAUUAUUAUCAUUGGUAACACAACUUCAUUAAAUAACAAUGUAGCAUGAAAUUUAUUAUUGAAAUGUAGUUUUCAUUCCUUAUUAAAAUACAAUUUCUGAGAAGAAUCAUCGAAUGGACUAGCCUAUGUCAAAAAAUGAUCCUAUGUAGUUUGGGUUCAGACUGAUAAAAUAAAGCACACCUUGCAAAGUUA